AUGACUGCGUCGAGCAGUCCGGACGCCGUGCCUGGUGAGGAAUUUGACUACGAAGCUCUACCACCCAACUAUGGCCUCAGCCAUAACAUGCUGGCCGGUGCCUUCGCUGGAAUUGCGGAGCACACGGUGAUGUAUCCGGUUGAUUUGAUGAAGACACGGAUGCAGGUCGUAAACCCUUCGGCUGGUGGCCUCUAUACAGGACUCUCUCAUGCCGUCUCUACGAUAUACCGGCUCGAAGGCUUGCGGACUCUAUGGAGAGGCGUAACGAGCGUCAUUGUUGGAGCAGGUCCUGCUCACGCAGUCUAUUUCGGUACCUACGAAGUAAUCAAGGAAAUGGCUGGAGGAAACCGAGCGGACGGCAAGCAUCAUCCUGCUGCAGCAGCUUUGAGCGGAGCUUGUGCUACGAUCGCAAGUGAUGCUCUGAUGAACCCUUUUGAUGUGAUCAAACAGCGCAUGCAGGUGCACGGGUCAUCGUAUCGAUCCAUAACGCACUGCGCCCGCUCAGUCUUUCGCGCCGAAGGCCUUUCGGCGUUUUACAUAUCGUACCCUACGACAUUAUGUAUGACAGUCCCAUUCACCGCGACGCAAUUCAUGGCAUACGAGUCACUGUCGAAAAUAAUGAACCCGAGAAAAGAAUACGACCCUAUCACCCACUGCGUAGCUGGCGGGUUGGCAGGUGCCUUUGCGGCUGGUAUCACCACACCACUCGAUGUAAUCAAGACACUACUACAGACACGAGGGCUCAGCCAACAAGACGAAAUCCGAAAUGUACGCGGUAUUUGGAAUGCUGCGUCUAUCAUCAAAAAGGAGUAUGGCUGGAGCGGUUUCAUGAGGGGCUGGCGGCCGCGCAUUAUUUCCACAAUGCCAAGCACCGCAAUAUGUUGGUCAUCCUACGAGAUGGCAAAGGCAUAUUUCAGAAGAACACUUCGAGAGGAACAUGAGGCACAUAUCAGCAACUUGUGA